AAUGACACUCGUGCGUGGUAUUUUAUUAGUCGCGUUUGAUUGAUUUCAUAUGUCAGAUAUUUGUGAACUAUACUUUUAAUAGCUUAUAGUGUUAAUAAAAUUAAGCGGAAUGGAUGAUGAAGCGGAAACCUACAAGCUAUGGCGUAUCCGAAAAACUAUAAUGCAACUGAGCCACGAUAGAGGAUAUCUUGUGACCCAAGAUGAAUUGGACCAAACAUUGGAACAAUUCAAAGAAUUGUUUGGUGACAAACCUAGCGAGAAACGGCCAGCACGUUCCGAUCUCAUAGUGUUGGUAGCACAUAACGAUGAUCCAACGGAUCAAAUGUUCGUUUUUUUCCCAGAUGAACCUAAAAUCGGUAUAAAAACAAUAAAAACAUAUUGCACACGGAUGCAAGAAGAGAAUAUACAUCGUGCUAUUGUAGUGGUUCAAGCUGGAAUGACACCAUCAGCCAAACAAUCACUAGUUGAUAUGGCACCAAAGUAUAUUCUAGAACAAUUUUUGGAAUCGGAGCUAUUAAUCAAUAUAACAGAACAUGAAUUAGUUCCGGAGCAUGUAGUAAUGACACCUGAAGAGAAACAAGAACUUUUAGCACGUUAUAAAUUGAAAGAGAAUAUGUUAAUGCGAAUCCAGGCCGGCGAUCCUGUUGCACGUUACUUCGGUCUAAAGCGCGGUCAAGUAGUUAAAAUUAUUCGUUCUUCUGAAACUGCAGGACGUUAUAUAUCUUACCGACUUGUGUGCUAAAAAUAGUUUAUUAAGUUGUAGACGUAAAAAUAAGAAUUUGAUAAUAAAUAAAUUUGGAAUAUU